AUGGCCCAGUACCAAGAAGAAUCCUUUGUCAUCCCUUCCAACACCUUUCUGCCUGGAUACUUUUCCUCCAUGUUUGAAUCGGAGUUAGCACCAGAAUCACUCCUCGACCAGUUUCUGGCACAGAAUUCGGACGAUAAUACAGCUCUACAUCAAUUUCAACGUGGUCCAAGUACAGUGGAAGCAUUAUCCGACUCGUAUUUCCCAAUAUCCACGUCUUUAUCCGGGUUUGACCGUCAAAGUGUUGGUGAGAAGCCUGUCUCGCCCUAUCCACCUACGACAAGAUCAUCGACUUAUGCCCCCACAUUCCAUCCCGGUGCGAUUGAAGGAGAGGGACAGUUAUUUGAUCCAUGGUACCCUCCUUAUCCAUACACGGAAGAAGGGCUAUUAGGGCAGAAUAGCUGGCGAGCGAGCACUCGACUCAUUGUGGCCAACAAACCGCGCCCCGGCGAAACUUUGGGCUCGACACCAGGCCCCUCAAUAUUGUGCGAUAACAGUCGGCAUUUCACGCCGCAGGCCUCCUUUCAAAACUCAAGUAAUGAAUAUACAAACGACUACCAAACCUUCCCAGAUACUAUUGGAGAAGGUUUGGGAAUUCACAAUACGAUAUCCACAGGCGAACAGCAACCCGUCGAGGAUCAAUGCUCCAGGGAUCACCCUGUAGAGCACGAUCACAGUGAGCGAAACGCACAUGGAAGCGGGGUCCAGAGGGAUCUCAGAGAUUCAACAUAUAGCAGUCUAUAUGGACUGAACAAUGCCCUGGAGUGGCCACCCAGGGCAUAUGAAUCCCUCGAAGAGGAAGUGCCACAUACCAACGCAGGUAUAUGGACGGACGAGUCCAUUUCGCCGAAGCAGCCGGCCCCGAACACCUCCCAGUUACAAGGCCACGUCCCCAGUUGUAUGGGGGGCCUUGGUGUCAGCGUCACACGUGAACGCAAGAGGAGGAAGGAAAAGGGGUUCCGGUUCGUCAAUCUAGCUGUUAGCUAG